CGGUGCGCGAACGAGCACCGAGUCGGAGCGCAGAGCAGCAGCAGCAGCAGUGCAGCCCGCCCCACCAUGGCCCGCGCGCUUCUCGCCUCGCUGUCGCCGCUCGUCAUCGCGCUUCUCGUGGCCGCCGCGCCGCGUCUUUUCGAUAUGCCCGAAAUACCGGAACGUAGGAUGAUGAGCCAGGCGGGCGACAACAUAACGUUGGAUUGUCCCGGCGUGACGGACAUGUCCCUGGUCCUACAGUUAGAGUGGUGGGCGAACGAUAUGAAGCUGGUGCAGUAUUCCGACGCAGGAACCACCGUCUGGGAGAACCGGCGUCGCAUCACGCUACGCAAAGAUAAUUUCGCUCUUGAGAUCCACCCGGUGAGCGCUGAAGACAACGGUCGCUACACGUGUCUCGUCAACAGCCGCCCACGCCCGGAGGCGUACAUUAUGCUUCAGGUGCAGGAUGUGCCAGACCCACCUGGUCGGCCUUUGAUCAUGGGAUUCACAUCAAGGACUGUCAAUCUGUCUUGGGCGCCCCCACCAGACAACCACAACCUGCCGAUCACACACUACCUGAUUCACAUGCGCGUGGGCGAGAAAGGACACUGGGACUCCCGUCACGGCAUUAUGACUCGCGACAACCGUACUUAUCAGCAAAUUAUCAACCUGCUGCCAUUCACCGUGUACAGUUUCCGCGUCUUCGCCGUGAACAAGAUGGGUCGCAGCAAGCCGAGCAUCGAGUCCUACUACAUGGUCACACUGCGCGAGGUGCCAAACGGGAAGCCAGUGAUCAGGACGGCGCACAACAUCAGCGCGACAUCGGUGCAGCUGACGUGGCGUGCGCCCCCUGACGAGACCAUCCACGGCGAGUUCCUGGGCUACAGACUGGAGUACCGGCCACGCGACCAGGGACCGGAGACCGUCCGCGAGACCUACAUCCGCGACUCCAACGUCAACGUGAGUACCCUGGCUGCACGUCAAGCCUCGGCUGCAAUCUGCACGGCACAGCUCAGCUCUAGCUGCAUCCUCGGCGAGAAUUCUCACCUUCCAACGCGGCAGCUUUCUCUCAGCCUAGUCGUAGAUUGCUGUCCUGGCAGAGAAUCUCAGCUGGGAGACACUUUUCACGACGGUACCAUGGAACAGCUGAACUGGAUCGCUCACAUGUAG